GGGCAACAACAAUGGCAGCGUUCCAGUUCAAAAGUUCCCACAUGAUCACGCAGGGACUCUCUAGAAAAUUGAAAAGGGAAUCACAAUUUAGCCACCCAAAAAGGAAAAGACACCAAAUUUCCAUUUACUCUUCUCUUCUUCUUCUCUUCUUGUUGUUGGGGAAAAAAAAGGAGCUUUUUUUUUUUUAAUUUAGAGUGGUUAUAGUUCAAGAUUCUUCAACCCCUUUUCUUGUUUUGAGUUUUUCAGAUCCCUUUUGGGGUUAAUUUCAUUUGAGAUGUCUCUUGAUUCAAGUUCAGCUGAUCAUGGUGGGCACAGUAACAUAAGAGGGGUUCCAACUCAUGGGGGUCGUUAUGUUCAGUAUAAUGUGCACGGCUCUCUGUUUGAAGUUUCAAGAAAAUAUGUUCCUCCUAUCAGACCUAUUGGUCGUGGAGCUAAUGGAAUGGUUUGUGCUGCUGUGAACUCGGAGACACGUGAGGAAGUAGCUAUUAAGAAGAUUGGGAAUGCAUUUGAUAAUGUAAUAGAUGCCAAGAGGACAUUAAGAGAGAUAAAGCUUCUCAGUCACAUGGAUCAUGAGAAUGUGAUUGCAAUUAAAGAUGUUAUACGGCCUCCUCAAAAGAAAAAUUUUAAUGAUGUGUACAUUGUUUAUGAACUGAUGGACACUGAUCUUCAUCAGAUUAUUCAUUCCAACCAACAGCUGACUGAUGAACACUGUCGACAUUUUCUGUACCAAAUACUGCGAGGACUUAAGUACAUUCACUCUGCCAAUAUCUUGCAUCGUGAUUUAAAACCCAGCAAUUUGCUUGUCAAUGCAAAAUGUGACCUAAAGAUUGGAGAUUUUGGGCUAGCAAGGACGACAACUGAGACAGAUUUCAUGAUGGAAUAUUGUGUGACACGCUGGUACCGUGCACCAGAGUUGCUACUAAAUUGUUCAGAAUAUACAUCGGCAAUUGAUAUUUGGUCAGUGGGUUGCAUACUCGGUGAAAUAUUGACAAGACAACCCCUUUUUCCUGGAAGAGAUUACGUACACCAGUUGAGACUUAUCACUGAGCUAAUAGGCUCACCAGAUGAUGCCAGCCUUGGGUUUCUCCGGAGUAAUAAUGCCCGGAGAUACGUUAGACAACUUCCAAGGUACCCAAGGCAACAAUUUGCUGCCAGAUUCCCAAAUUCAUCUCCCCGAGCUGUAGAUUUGCUUGAAAAGAUGCUCAUCUUUGAUCCAAGCAGGCGUAUUACAGCUGAUGAAGCUCUCUGUCACCCAUACUUAGCACCUCUUCAUGAAAUCAACGAAGAACCUGUUUGUCCGAGGCCUUUCAGUUUGGAUUUUGAGCAGCCAUCUCUCACUGAAGAUAAUAUCAAGGAGCUCAUCUGGAGGGAAGCUGCAAAAUUUAAUCCUGAUCCAACUCAUUGAAAGAGACGUGGUUAUAUGAUGUAUACAAUAAGCGUUUGGUGACAUAACUUCUCUAAAAUAGUGUAUUAGAUUUGUAAUGUUCCCCAGUGAAGAUGACUGAAUAAAUAUGGUGGAGCUAUUUGGUUCAAGAAAUUGUUAGUGGCUUAAGUCAGAUACUUAUUCUCUUGUUGUGUUUGGUUUAUUGGUGUUGUAUAAAGAACCUAAAGAGUAGUCUACAAUCAAUUGGUUCUAAAUACUGACUCCUCCUUGAUGCCAGAUCUCUCUGGCUUAUAGAACUGAACAUUAUACCUGUUCAAGUUGUUUGACAUAACAUGGAAAAUUGUUCAUGUGGGAAUGGACAGUUAACGAAUGAGUUUUGAAGUUGUA